AUGAUGAACUCCAAUAUGUUGCACAAUACGGGUCCGUACGGGUCAAACGAAUCAUCUGUAAACGUCGGAGCACCCGAAAUAUCGGAAUUGGCUACACCGAUGAAUAUUGCCCAAAACUUUAAUAACAUAGUGAAAAUGUCGCAACAAACAGCCCAUUCACCUUCAGGGCACUUCAACUUUCAUAAUUACCCAGGUUUCGCCAGUUCAUCUUUAAGCAGUAACGCUCAAUUCAACAUGUUUCCGAGCAACCACUUCCAAUCCAGUUCUGCGACACCAACUACGAGUUUCUUACACUCGCUAAGACAAAACGGAUCUGUGCCGGAUCAUUUCCAUUUUAACAGAGAUAUUGAUCACGAAGUGAUGGAUUUUUCAAGUUUCGCACACAAAAUCGGCCGCUUUGGCGCUUCUACAGACAACAUUAAAAUGCAGCAUUCUCCAUUGAAUGUGCCUCAAAUAGCUGAUAAAAACAACACGAAUCAAAAGCCAGUGGACAGCUACCCAAAUCAUUACAAUAAAAUAUGUAAAAACGAUAACUUGUUUGCUCCUUGGAAGAAUCUAAACCACAAGUAUUCUUAUGAGCAGUCGUCAGAAAAAAAGGAUGUACUGCAACCAAGUAAUACAGAAAACAUUUUAAGGAGAGAAUCAUCUGGCUCUGAAAACUUUGAAACUAAUGACAAUUGGGAUAAAAAAGAAUCACAAUCCGACAACGUUGUAAACACUGAAGAUACAAAAGGAUUGUUGUCGCAGGAUAGCGAUAAUAGUAAUGCAUCUCACAAAGGAGAGACACCCAAAGUAUUAGAAACAAACGAUAAUUCAAACGACAGAACGACAGAAGGUGAUAACGACAGUGACUCAGAUGACUCAAAACCCUUAAAUCUCUGUCAUUACAUUAAACAAGAACCAAUAGAACAAGAAGAAGUUGAGGUUGAUGCUGGCACUAUUGUGGUUAAAAUUGAACCAAUAUCAAGCUGGACUGAUACAGAACACAUGCAACCGUUCCUAAAAGAUACAAAUGGUGUUGGAAGGGAAGAUUCCAGUCUUGAUAAUUUAGUAGAUUGUACAAACAGUAUUGCAAAAGCUAAAGAAAUUAUUAAAAAUGGCUUACAAACAGAUAUGGGUUUCGAAUGCCCAGACUGUUGUCUAAUAUUUAGGCAUCCCAAAAGAUUUCUUAUUCAUACAAAGUGGCAUGCUUUCGGACUUACCAAUGACAGAAGGAUUGAAGAGGCCAAAGAGAAAAUUGCAUGCCGUCAGCAGAAGAAAGAGAUGAAAAACAUGAUAAAGAAGGAAGCAGCAGAACUAUCAAAGAAAGACGAACCGCAAGUGUUUAGCUGUAAGAAUUGCGACAAAGCAUAUAAUACUAAGAGUAAAUUGAGGAACCAUAGGCACAAAUACCAUUCUAGUCGCGAACACCAAUGCAAAGUUUGUCAGACAAAAGUGCUCGGUUGGUUUGGUCUACAGACACACAUGGCUACUCACAACAAGGAUCUGUUCGAAUGCGACAUUUGCUCGAAAGCUUAUAAGCACGCUCAUUCACUCUCAAAACACAGGGAUUCGCAUUUAGAAAAGACGCACCCUUGCUCCGAGUGCCCUAAAAAGUUUGGAUCUCAGAAGUUACUCAAGAUUCAUAUGAAAAGUCAUGAACGGGCUCAGAGGGGACGAACGUUUCGGUGUUCCUACUGCGCUAAGGGGUUUUACGAAGCUUAUACAUUGCAGUACCACGAACGCACGCAUAGGAACGAGCGGCCGUUCAAAUGCGAGAUCUGCGACACCAGCUACGGCACCAACUCCAGUCUCAAGCGACACUUGAAAGUGUCUCACAGCGACGCUAAGCCAUUCAAAUGUGGCACAUGUCACCGCUGUUUCUCCACGGCCCUCAUACGGGAUCGUCACGCGGCGAGAGCUCACGGAACUCCCGGGGAAUUGCAUUAUGCGUGUACGCAGUGUACAAGCAGGUAUAUGCGACUGAAAGAUUUGCAAAGGCACAUGUACAGGAUACAUCCAAAAGGUAAGAAGAGGAGAAAAGACAGCGACAGUGAAUAA